CGAUUUCAAAGAGAAGAGAAACAUCUUUUGAAGUGUGAUUUGCUGGAACAGAGUUAGCUGAAUCGGGUAAAAUGCACUACUGGGUUCGAGCUUCUUCUUCUGACUUCGGUGGAACUCUUCCUCAACCUCGAAGCGGUCACACGGCCGUUAACAUUGGGAAAUCUAAAGUGGUGGUGUUUGGUGGGCUUGUGGACAAGAAAUUUCUGAGCGAUAUCGCUGUUUAUGAUAUUGAUAAUAAAUUGUGGUUUCAGCCAGAGUGCACGGGUAAUGGUUCUGAUGGACAGGUGGGUCCCAGCCCACGAGCAUUUCACAUUGCUAUUGCAAUUGAUUGUCAUAUGUUCAUCUUUGGUGGACGGUGUGGAAAUAAAAGGUUGGGUGACUUCUGGGUUCUGGACACGGAUAUAUGGCAAUGGUCUGAGCUGACCAGUUUUGGUGAUUUACCUUCUCCACGAGAUUUUGCUGCUGCAUCAGCUAUUGGAAAUCGUAAAAUAGUUAUGUAUGGUGGCUGGGAUGGUAAAAAGUGGUUGUCAGAUGUAUAUAUCCUGGACACAAUAUCACUUGAGUGGAUAGAGUUGCCAAUUUCUGGAACGGUGCCACCACCUAGAUGUGGCCAUACAGCUACAAUGCUUGAGAAGCGAUUGCUUGUUUAUGGUGGCAGAGGUGGUGGUGGACCAAUCAUGGGUGAUUUAUGGGCUUUAAAGGGGCUUAUUCUAGAAGAGAAUGAAACUCCUGGAUGGACACAAUUGAAGCUUCCUGGUCAAUCACCCUCUUCCCGUUGUGGCCAUACCAUUACAUCCGGAGGGCACAAUCUCUUGCUAUUUGGAGGACAUAGCACUGGUGGUUGGUUGAGUCGUUAUGACAUUUAUUAUAAUGACUCUAUUAUUUUAGACAGAGUCUCUGCACAGUGGAAGCGCUUACCUAUUGCCAAUGAACCCCCUCCUGCUCGAGCAUACCAUUCUAUGACACUUAUAGGCUCUCGCUAUCUCUUAUUUGGUGGCUUUGAUGGGAAAUCAACAUUUGGGGAUAUGUGGUGGUUGGUUCCAGAAGAGGACCCAAUUGCAAAACGGUUUGCUGAAUCUCCACCUGAAGGUCUUCCUGAAAAUAAGGAUGUCUUAAUGGAAAAUGAUAAUUCCCUAUCUGCUCUCAAGGAAAGCCACAGGGAAAGUUCUGCUAUUGCAGAACUGCAAAAAAGGUUAGAAGUCUCAGUUUCACCCUCAGGUCCUAGACUUCAAAUUGUGGAUGAGUCAGAAGAUAAAGAAUUCCUUGACCUAGCAUCAAGGUUAACUGGAGGAGUAGUUUUCAGUAGCGGACAAUCACAAGCUCAGACAACUCAGGUGCUUCGUGAUCAUUGGAAGAAGUGUACACCAAAGUCAAUACUAAUCAAGGAACUUAGUCCGUUGCUUCGAGAUUAUCAACGUUUGGUUACUCGUUGUCAUUUAUAUGGCAGUGCCAAUGGUGGACCUUAUUUGCAGGCCUCUGAGUCAAGUCUUCUUGGAAAAGAGGCUUAUACGUUUUAUCAUCUGAAAAAUGCUUCUCAGUUGCGUAUGGUUGAUAUCCCAAAGCUCCUGGAAGAGUACAAAAAGCUUUUAUCUGAUUGAAUUUUAGUCUGGGGGAGCUCCCUUUAUUAUAAUUGCCACCAUGGAGUCCUUGAAAUCUUGACUGUAUGAGUACUAUUAUCAAACAUGCUUUGUAAUACGAUUCCAGAUCUCCUCUUGUUCAUGUUACGACAUCCCAUAACAUGGCAUUAUGGUUCGUUCAGGUAAUUGAGUAUAGAAAAAGAUAUUUUCCAUAGGCUUUGUAUGCUAUCAGUUGGAUAUACAUUUCAUACUAGUUUUGUUUAUAUCAUGCUUAAUAAAAUUCUUGACCUUAGACCCUAGACACAAGUAAAUGUGGUU